AAUACGGACAAAUCUUUCCAUAUCAAUUUCAUGGCGUGGCCAAAGGAUCCUUCUUCCGCCAGAGAAGCCCCUGUGUUUUUCUUCGCUGAAGCUCUUCGCCCGUCUGGCUCGCACUUUUGUGAAGAGGACAUCACCUUGUGCUGUACAGUACAACCUUCAUCAAGUGAAGUUGGUUGCUGCCAUUCUUGUCUGACUAAACACUAUAUAAUUGAUCAUCCGGAUAAUUCCGAGAACUUUGGUGGCGGGCAGUACUUCAAGAUGGAUGGAACCAGCAAAGAGUGGGAUUACCCAGCCACACUUGAUGUUGACUACAGGUGUUUCGAUCCUGACAGAGAUGUUGAUCUUGUGGAGUACUUGGAUCAAGAUUACGCCCGUUACAUAUCCUCUUCACCCUGGCAUUGCCAUCAUAAAAAUGAGGGGGAUGUCUCGGGUUAUUGCAGCGGAAUUAUGUGAAAAGUGAUGGUUGUGGUUUCACUAUUGCUCUUCAAUCUCUUUGCACCUUUCAGUGAAAUUAAUUGCUAUCUGAUCAUCU